ACGUUUGAAUUAGCAGCGUUCACCUGCAAACACCGGAGCUCUAACCGGUGAAAAGACGAUUAAACUCUUCGUUUGAUCGUCAGUUCACGACUGCAAUCGAGGAAUCCGUUAACAAGAGACAGACUUUCCUGCUGGUUAACGAUUAUUUCCGUGUCUGUGUGGAGAAUCCGACUCCUGCGUCUCGCUCCAGUUGCUGGUUUCCAAACAGAUUCAUGUUCUGAAGAUGUUUCCUGUGCCGAAGAUGACUCCGUCCAAAGCGUCCACCCAGACGUCAGUGGCUGCAGCGAAGAUCAAAAAUAAGAUUCUCAACACCUCGUCCUUCUUCAAGGUCUCUCUGAAGACCAACAACAAGGCCUUGGCUCUGGCGCUGGCGGCCCAGAAGGACCGAUGUCGGCAGCUGGAGAAGGAGGUCGUCUUCCUGAAGAAACAGAUGGAAGCCGACUGCUUUGAACGGGCCACUAAGAACUACAAACAGAGAAAACUGAUCCUGGUGGUGAAGAACCUGCUGAGCAACGCGCUGCAGCACUGGAACAUGGUGACGGACCUGUUUCCAGACGCUGAGCUUCCAGAGGACUGUGCGAUGGGACCUGAAGGCAACCAGGAGCACGUUGCAGCAGCAGGAAGGCUCUCGGAUCGUUUUCUGCUGCAGCCGGAAGCUUCACGGACUUCGUUGUGUUCUGCUGAAAGCAAAGCAGCCGAGCGGCCGGAGAGGAUCUCCACCAGGGAGGACGUCAGCGAGGCUCCAGCUGUUUGUGAUGAUGCUGAGGAAAGAUGUUCGGGUCCGUUUGCACCGGUGGCCCAGACAGGACGGACCGGCAGCCUGAGGGAGGAGGUGGAUCGGCUGUCAGCGGUUCUGGCUCAGUCUGGCUUCGACAUGACGUCCAUCCUCUCGGUCCAGAACCACCAGACCUGUGAGCAGUCCGGACCGGCCGUCUCCUCUGACUCGGCUCUGGAACCCGAAGCUCCGCCUGCAAACAAACAGGAGAGAACUCUGCUGCUGGACACCACGAUGGAGAUGACGCUCAGCAGCUCCAAUGAGAUCGUCACGGUGGAAACCAAGAAAACAGGCCGCCCCAGCAAACCCAAAGGCAGAAAGACAGAAGAACAGACCCGUGCAGAGGAGCAGAACCCUGCAGGUGAGAGGUUCUGCAAAGAACCAACCGAUGAGCCGCUGGAGGAGUUUAGAGAUGCAGAGCUUCCAUCAUCUGAAACGUCGUGGAGAAGCGUCACCACGUCUCGCAUCCCAAAACUGGGCAGGAAUCAGAAAACAUCUAAGAGCAGAUUGAAAUCCAGAGACAUCGACCCACCGGACCUGGACGAUUACUUCACAGAUCCUGAAGUUCAGUCCUCCAGAUCCAGCAGAAGUUCACGUGACAAAGAUCCUGCAGAGGAAACACAAUCUAGGAUCACCUGCAGGAAAUCCAGAAGUAAAGUCCGGAGGUCGUCUUCAGUCAGCAGGAAACCUUCAGUUCCUCAUGAGACGGAGAACAGUUGGUCCAAACCUCAGCAGCUUCACCCUGAGGUCGACGAAGAGAUGUUCUGUGCAGGUGAGUCCAAACAGGUGGAGCUUCUUCCUCCAAGCAACAAACGUCAGAGCAGAGCGAAGCCUGAUUCUAGCCGAGGUCCGGCUUCCAGGUGCAGAGGGACGUUUGUGGUGUCAGUGGACAGAGACCACAGCUCCUCCAGCAGAGCUUCACCAGAACCGGGCCUGAGGCCUCCAGUAGGGUCCAGCUGGGAGGCAGAAGAACCGCUGGUGGUCCUGGAUGGAAGCGAACGGUCGGAACCAGAUCCAUGCUCAGAGCCUCGGCGCUCCUGGAAGCGCUCCUGGAUGGACUCGGAGGAGUCGGGGAGCUUUCAGGAGGACGUCCUGCUGUCGGACCACAAACACAAAAAAGCCAGAAGAGAAGACACGAGAAGAUCCAUCAAGAAGAGAGAGGAAGAUGUUUCACAUGAGAAGAGGAAGAAGAAGAAGAAAAGGCGGCGCAGCAACAAAGAGGUUGGAUCUGAGAACGAAGCAGGUCCUGAUCCCAGCAACGCUUCUCCUGGAACCAGAACAGAGGAUCCACAGCUGCUGGACUCACAUCCUGAAGACAUCUUCCAACAUCUGUCCUCCAAGUCCAAGUCCAGGACGGAUCUGAAUCCUAAACCGAGCAGGAAGACGUUCGACCUGAAUCCAGCCACAGACUCCAGAACUCUACGAGGGACGUUUGUCGUCUGUCGGCGGAGAACUCGAGACAAAAGUGUUGGUGUGAACAUCAGCAGGACGUCUGCUGCCGAGUCCGUCCAUCAGGACGUAGGAGACCUGCUGAUGGACGAGCUGCCGCCGUGGCUGGGCGUCGCCGUGAACGACACCUACGUCGAGUCCCUACCGGCCAGUCCUACCAGAGCAACAUCCAGCAGGCCGGAGGACGUCCAGGAGUCGACCGAAAACUCUCCAGCAGGACGAGUGUUGACGUCGCUGACCAACACCAUGUCGACUCCGGACGGAGACGCUGGAGGACGGACGAGGAGGCGGAAGGGCGUCGUCAGCUACAAGGAGCCCACGUUGAACAGCAAACUGAGGCGAGGAGACGAGCACACCGACAGCAAGUUCCUCAGCUCGCCGGUGUUUAAGGGCAAGAGGAAGAAGAAGCAGAAGGCGGUCCGAAAGCCCCAGAUGGACGGAUCCGUUUCACUGGACUGAUCGUUUACAGUUUCUCUUUUUAACUGUUUCUUUCUAGUUUGCUCUGAAGGUCAAUAAAGAUGUUCAACUGGUUUUAUA